AUGACUGUUACUCCCGUUGCAAAAAGUGGCCCUGCCUAUUUUCCUAAUGAGCCCAAAGGUCCCUCUGUGAAAACCAGUACUAUUCCUGGCCCCAAGGGAAAAGCUACCAUCGAAGAAAUCAGUCAGGUUCACGAUGUGGGUGCUGUCAAAUUCCCUGUCGACUACGAAAAAUCAGUCGGUAACUACCUUGUAGACGUUGACGGAAAUGUUCUUUUGGACGUCUAUUCCCAAAUUGCUACCAUUCCCGUUGGUUACAACAAUCCUACUCUUCUCGAAGCUGCCAAGUCUGACGAAGCCGCCAUUGCUAUGAUGAACCGCCCUGCUCUCGGAAAUUAUCCUCCCAAGAACUGGGCCGGUAUGGCACAAGAAGGCGCCAUUGACUUCGCUCCCAAAGGUCAAAAAUAUGUCUACUACCAAAUGAGUGGCAGUGAUGCCAAUGAAGUCGCUUACAAGUUAGCCAUGCUUUACCGCUUCAACAAUUUGCCCAGAGCUAACGGUGCCUAUACCGAAGAAGAAAACACUAGCUGUAUGAAUAACUCUUCACCAGGAAGCCCUGAAAUCGCUGUUCUUUCUUUCCGUCAUUCUUUCCAUGGCCGUCUUUUUGGUUCUCUUUCCACAACUCGCUCCAAGCCUGUCCAUAAGCUUGGUAUGCCUGCUUUCCAAUGGCCUCAAGCUGACUUCCCUGCAUUGAGAUACCCUCUCGAAAAACACACAACUGAAAACCAAGAUGAAGAAAACCGUUGCAUUGAAGAAGUUGAACACAUUUUAAGUACCCAUCAUUGUCCCAUCGCCGCUUGUAUCAUUGAGCCUAUCCAAUCCGAAGGUGGUGAUAACCACGCGUCCAAUGAAUUUUUCCAUAAGCUUCAAGCAACCUUAAAGAAGCACAACGUUCUCUUCAUUGUCGACGAGGUCCAAACUGGAAUGGGCUCUACUGGCGCUAUGUGGGCUCAUGAACAUUGGAACUUGCCAACUCCUCCUGAUAUGGUUACUUUCUCUAAAAAAUUCCAAGCUGCCGGUGUUUAUUACCAUGACAAGAAACUCCGUCCUCAUGCUUAUCAACACUUUAACACCUGGAUGGGAGACCCUCUCCGUGCUAUCCACGCUAAAUAUAUUGCCAAAGAAAUUCGUAACAAGAAUCUUCUUGAUAAUGUCAAAACUGUGGGUGACUUUUUAUACAUGUCUCUUGAAAAAUUGGCUGAAAAACACUCUGGAAAGAUUAAUAACAUUCGUGGUAAAGGAAAGGGUACUUUUAUCGCAUGGGACUGUGAAUCUUCUGCUGCCCGUGAUGCAUUCGUAGGUCGUAUGAAGAUGAAUGGUAUCAACAUCGGAGGCUGUGGUGUUGCAGCAAUCCGUCUUCGCCCUAUGCUUGUUUUCCAGCAACAUCACGCUGAAAUUCUUUUAAACAAAAUUGAUGAACUAAUCUAA